CACAUUAAAACUCUUCCGUCUGCGUUUUUGAGACGCGUGAGUUUCUUCGGGGAUCAACACAUAAAAAGGGAUGUUGCGGCGUCCAAAGCCGACAGACUCUGAGUCAGAUCUCCUGCAAGAACAGGAGCAGUUUCUGACCUCUGGAACCCAAUCUGCUGUUAAUGUGGUCCGCCGUCCCGACAAAAGGAGAGGCAACCCAGGAGGAGAAGGAGACAGUCAGAGGGAUGUGGUCAUGCUUGAAGAACUCCCGGACCAACUCCCGUCUCUGACACCAGCUCCACCUAAGAAGUCUCGUUUUAAAUCCAGCCAUGUUACAUUUGAGGACGAGGAUGCCGGAGUGAGGUUGGACAAACAUGACACCCACAUCAGCGCUGUUCUGUCCAGGAUCAUAGAAAGAGACACAAGUUCUUCCCCAAUAUCUCUACCGGCAUUUACAGGCACUCCAUUCCCCAAAGUCCUGCACCGCUCAGAAACCACGGGUCAGGUGCAGCCGUGUUCAGCCGGUGGGAAAAAGAGUAUUUUCGCUCAGCAAAUAGCAGCUCAGAGGCUUCAUGAGGGUCAAAGGUCAACGGGCUGCACAGCCCAAACAUGUGAACCCAGAGAGCAGCGCCUCCCUCUGGAGACGAGCAUGGAUGCAGAUGUGUGCAGCACUGCAGGCCCCAGGUUGGUGUCUGGCCAGGGGCUGGGGGGCCCAGAUAGCUCAGCUGAGACCAUGAGGAUCCACACGGAGAACCAGGCGAAGCUCCAGGCGAUGUCUCAGGCAGAGAUCGUGGAGGAGCAGAAGAAGCUCCUGUCACAGCUCGAUCCACGACUGGUGGAGUUUGUGAGAUCACGCAAAGCUCAGAGCAUCCCAUCUAAACAGCUCCAGGACAAUGGCGUCAAGGAAAACUGUCCUCUUCAAAACGUUAGUGCAGAAUCAGACGUAUCCAGUGCUGCCACAAUGUCUCAGAAACCUCUAGAAGUAGAAAUGGAGGCAGGAAACGAAGAGGAGGAGGAGGAGGAGCUGGCACAGAGAGCUGCUGUGACAAAGGAAAAUCUGUCACUGAAGCCUCAGAAGGAAUGGGUCCAUAUGGAUAAGCUGGAGCCAGAGAAGCUGGAAUGGACGGGAGACCUUCCUGCACCCAGAAGGAGAAGGACCAAGAAGGCCAUGCAAGCUCGUUUUGAUUUUGGUGGGAUGUUAAUUCCACCCACUGAGGAUCUGCCCACCCACCUGGGUCUGCACCACCAUGGGGAGGAGCCUGAGCGGGCAGGGUACUCCCUGCAGGAGCUCUUCCUCCUGUCUCGGAGUCAGCUAGUCCAGCAGAGGACUUUGGCCCUGAGCACUCUCGCAAACAUCCUCUCAAAGGCACGUGCUGGCGGAUACACGUCCGUUCUGACAGGCAGUGUGGUGUCCACUCUGCUCGACGCUGGCCUGCUCUUCCUGCUCCGGUUUGCUUUGGAUGACAGCGUGGAGGGAGUAAUGUCUGCGGCCAUGCACACACUUAAAUCCCUUCUAGUGUGUGCAGAAGAUGAAGAGUGUUUGGACUUGUCCUUCUCCUGGUUUCACGGCUUGGCCUCCUUCCCUCUGUUGCCAACAACUCAGGAAGAGGAAGAUGAGGAUGACGAAGGGCUUGAGGACAGUAUGAAGGAGACUGCUGAAGAAAAGGAACAAAGAAAGCGCGAUCACGAUGUAGCCAGGCAGGAUGCCGUUAAGGGUCUGCUGAACAUGAAACUGCUCCCGAGGCUUCGGUACAUCCUGGAGGUGGUGAAACCUUCGCCUCGAGUAGUCUGUGAUAUUCUGGAAGUUCUAACCCGUAUUGCGAGACAUUCCUCCUCAUCUACCAUUCAGGUGCUUGACUGCCCUCGCCUGAUGGAGACUGUGGUAACAGAGUUUCUUCCCACUUGCUGGGCACCGCCCUCUUUGCCCCUCCCACACUCAGUUUAUGGACUUCCACUAUCUGUCGCCUUGAAGCUUGUCCGUGUGUUGGCCACUUCUGGCAGACACGCCUGUGCCAGACUGUUAAACUCUUUCCAUGUGAGGGAGCGUCUGUCCCGUCUGCUGAGCGCUGAUCCCGAUGAGCUGCUGCUGGAGCCGACAGAGGCGCUCAGGAUCGCCACUGAAGCCUACAGGCUGUGGGCCGUGGCAGCGGGCUAUGGACAGGCCUGUGAUACAUACAUAGAUUUGUACCCAACCUUAGUGAAGACGUUACAGUCCGUUCAGCGUGUCUUGGUUCCCUGUGAUCCACUCCUACCCUUGCAGCUGCAGCGGUUUUUGGCGCUCCUUUCUCUGAUCACACAGGUCACACAUACCGCUGGGUGCCACCAGGAGCUUCAGGCAGACAUGGUCAGCUCCAAGGGUGAGAUGUGUCCUCCUCCUCCUCCAGUGUCUUGGGAUCAUGUGGCAGGAAUGCAGGCACCGUUAUUUGGUCAUUUGAAGAGUUUUGUAAAGAGUCUUGAUCAUCCGCUUCAGAAAGAGAGCAGUCUGGUUCUGAUACCAGCAUAUCUGAUUUACCUAGAAGCUUAUUACCAUCAGCUCUCCAAACAGAAGUGCUUCAAGCCCAUUGAAACCCUUCAGGAACUGGAGCUGCUGACUUCAGAUGUUCUCCUUCCUCUGCUGUCCCACAGUACUGUGCAAGACCUGAUUAAGAACCUAAGGUCUUCUUCAGUAGUAUGCAAUACUCAGUCUAGUCACUCAGAACUAGAGACCACUGCUAGUCUUCCUGGUUUAGCCUGCCUAGGCUGGAGGGAUCGUCCAGGUCUAGUUGUUCCCAGCUCCCCCUUCCCACUUCUUACAAGUCUGGGGCUCCUCCUGGAAACAAUCACCAACAUCCACAAAGGUCUCAGCUGCAAGUUCACUGGCCUCCUCCUCUCAGAGUCUGUGAUUGGCUACCUGCGUACCUGCAGUCAGGCCACACCCACCAUGUCUCGCUAUCAGACCUGGCUUCUCCGUCACGAACACCACCUGCUGUACCUGUUGCUCCAACUUGCAUAUAGAAUGGUUCCCAUUGAGCCUGAAAUGGUCAAACAUGCUGCCCUGUACCACAAGGUGGCGCUGCUACUCAUGUCAUGGUUGUUACCGGGCAGCGAGUAUCUGGCACAUGAACUGCUGUCCACCAUCAUCUUCAGCAAGGACUUUAUAGUAGAGGGUCAGAGUGGAGGACCCGAAGCCGUUGAGAUCGGGGAGUUGAAGCUCCAAGAGGAAACGUCUCCGUCUCUGCAGACGGUCGGCGCCCUCCUGAGGGAAGCCUGUGUCCAUCUACCACUCAUCCGUGGCUGCUUCCUCACUCACCUGGCCUACUUGGAGAUGUCUGUAAUGGUUUCUCGCGAUUCUCUGCUCAGCCGCAACCCUUGGAUCAAAUCCCAUUUGCUGCCAGAGCUCAGUGGUCCCACCCUGCCCUCCGAUUGGCCUUUCCUCCCGCUGGUCAGCCUGUACGAGGGCGCUGGGGUCAGCAGGGGAGGUGUACAGCAGGUAGAGGAGCUCCCUCAGGGCGCUCUGCAGGAUGUGACGCACUGUCUGCAGUGGCUGCUGCUGCUGGAGGUGUGGAGGGAGGAGGCACUGAAGGUGAUUCCCCCCGUUGCCAAAUUUGCGCGCCUGUCCUGCAUCUUCCUGUGUUCCAGCGACUUGUUCCUUGAGAAACCUGUUCAGAAACUGCUCUGGGGUCUGUUUCGUCUCCUUACCAGGAUGUCCAGGCUGGACUCUUUGGACCUGGACAUCCCGCCUCCUGGUCUGGCAUCAUUCCAGGAUUUGUAUUCGGCCCUCCUAGCUCAGUAUGAAGCCGUGUCCUUUGGAGACCGACUGUUUGGCUGCUGGGUGCUCUUGCCUCUGGAGAGGAGGUACAGCGCCACCAUGAGGCUGGAUGUUUUUGGAGAACAUAUGGGCAUGCUGAGGUCAUUAGGGGUCACUCUGGAAGAGCUGUCCAUCCCCAUCGAGCGGUUCACCUCGCCUCCUGAAGACUCCCUUCCUCUCCUACGUCUCUACUUCCGCUGUUUGGUGACAGGGACCCUGAAGCCUGGCUGGUGUCCCGUUUUAUAUGUGGUCGCCCUGUCUCACAUCAACGCUUUCAUCUUCUCUCAGGAAGCUGCAGAGCAGGAGGUCGAAGCUGCUCGCUGCAGCAUGUUGAGGAAAAUCUACUACCUGACUGAUACGGUUUUAAGAAGCCACCUGUUGCUGUUCCGCCUGCCGCAGCCACACUCAGAGUUUGGCUUUGAUAUGUACAAACAGUUGCCUUCCAUUAGGGCUAAGCAUUUGGAGAGCGUUGUGAGACUGCAGGACGGCGGUGGCAGUGACAAAGGAGACUGAGGAGAGCAGCGGACUGGAAUAAAAUAAAGGUAGCUUGCUGCAAAUAAUAGGUUUGGCCGGACAGUGUGCAAGUGGAAGCAAAUGGAAAGAGAAAUAAAGAGCACAGGAGGGGAUGCUGGGACAGAAAAGGUGGCAGUGGGAGAGAAAGUGAGACAUAUAUAUUUUUAACACCACAAAUGCCACGUCUGAACAUCAAAGAUGGAAAAAUCAUAGUUGUUGUGAUUUACAGGAAAUGAAACCUGAGUGCAUUUAUCAGUUGCCGUUCCGGAUAAAUAACAUGUUUUAGAGAUUAUUUUAAUCUCCCUCAGCAUUGGGUUUAGUGGAGUUUUUGUUCUGAAGUCAGAACAGUUGUUGGUACAUCAACAGUGGAUUCACAAAGGUCCACGUUAGCAACAGAAAAAACCCCCCCCCACAAACAUGAUGUACUAGCUAAAGGUUUUAAUACAAAUGAUGUGGAGAUGCAAUGUGGCAAACUUUCCACUAGAGUUUGACCGAUACAGAUUUUUUUGGGUGGCUGAUAUCGAUAUUAGGGAAUAACAAAAAAUUACAAUACCAUUAUAUUUGUCAAUAUAUACAUAAAACAUCGGAAUGAUUUUGUAACAUUUCAUUAUCAAAACCUUUAUGACAAAAACAUGUAAUUAAGGAUUGAUGUUUUACAGUUUAAACAUGAACUUUAUUAUAAAUAACUAUAAAUAAAACCAAAACCAACUAACCUACCUCACACCUGUAUCCCAUUGCUAUGCUGCUGCCUUCACUUGGAUUGGGAGUCUCUGUGCUGCAUUGGUCAGCAUUUUGCAUAAAAUAGAAUUCUCAUCUACUUUUGCCCACCGCUAGCUGGCAGCAUAGCAGCCACUUGUCUCUUGUGACUGUAAAAGACCCACUCUGAUUGAAAAUGACUGGCAGCUGGUCACUUUGCCUUUGUCUCUUGUUGCUAAUGCGGCAAAAUGGUGAUGGAGGUCCCAGCCUUAUUUUGUAAAAAUCAAAGUAUACUUGUCUUCAGAAAUAAUGCUGAUAUUUUUGUGAAAGACUCACAUCGGCUCAUAUUGUCAGGCAACAAAUAUAUUGGCCAGGCUCUAGUUUCCAUUAAAUUUUGAUGUCUCCCAUUGCCAGUUUAUGAUUCCCGAUUCUCUAUAUUAUUGUCACAAAAAAAAUAAUGGGAUGAGGUAUAAGUGGUGGUAAAAGUAGUGUUGUGAGAAAUCAAGAAAUUUCUGUACAUGUUUAAAAUUUUGUGACGUCGGAAUACACCAUUAUCCAAAACAGUGAAUAGUUGGAUGUUAUUUGUCCAGAGCCGGGGUACUAUUUUUGCAAAAGUAUGUGAUGAUGGACAUCCAGUAACUGAGACUGUUCUCUGUGCAGAAACCUUUGUUCUGAUUCUCCCGUGGAAUAUAAAUCCCAUGAAAAACAUGUUGUGCUCUGUAGUAGAAGACCGUUUUGAGAUGUAAUCGGACACGGUUUUGCUUUGUGGGAGAAGUGUGUUAAUAACAGAGGCGUAUCUUUGUGCACAUGUACACAAACCCUCAUGUGAUGGGACUCGUACAUACUCGUCAGUGAACUACAAUACUCAUUCAAUGGUUACUUUAAUUCAUAAGUGGUCAUAUAAUACUAUUUAAUCGGGAUUUUGCCUGCCUUUUUAACAAAUCCGGACCAGUUUCCUCAAAAUUUGAAUUGGGGUCAAAAAUCGGCAACAGGACACCGGCCUGAGAACACGAUACAUUUUCAUGCAGACCUCUCUGUUCUUGUUUGACAUCAAAUGCCUCUAACUGUCGUAUGUGUGGUUAAAUGCAAUUUUACAUACAUUUAUCUUUAUUAUUUUACAAGUCACUGUAAAAGACCAAGAGAAGAGUACAUGAAUAUAUAUUUUUUACUGAAUUGGCGCCUGUUUCUGUUUGAUGGCUUAUGUCAUGUUUGUGGCUUCAGUCAAAUUAAAGUGGAUCUGUCUGGAUUUACAGUAAUGAUUCCUCACACUGAUGCUGAUUUAUAACACAAAGACUUUCACAAACAUAAACCCGCUUAUUUUCAACUCAAGCGGCUCUGUUUCCUGUGUGAGUCAGAUUUGGAAGAUUUCUGUAAGAGGCUGUAAUGUUUUAUAUGCUCCUGCUUUUACGUUUAUUUAGUGAGCAGAUAAUCAUCAAAACAUCUAGCAAUCCAGACCAGCUGCAGAGUAUUAAUGUCUCUGCACAUUCUGAAGAACUUAUACAGUCAUUUUUAAACAAGCAUUCUUACAUAAACUGACUUUGGAAUACUUUAUGCAUUACUGAUUUAUGCCUACUUCAUCCAUUUAUCUUUGUCUGGAAUGUCACUUUUUUAUUUAUAGAAAACAUACAAACAAAAUAAAGUGAAACAACAUACAUUCAGGGAGUGAUUUUUAGUUGUAAAUUUGUAGCAACAAACUUUGGCCUACAAGUCCUUCCAAAUUUAAAGGGUAAUUUAAAGGGAUUUUACAUUUUGGGGUCCAGCUUUUCACCCAAGACAAAACAAAAUGAAUUGGUGCAGUGCUGAUUUUUUAUGCAAACACUCUGGCUAACUGGCCAUAUGAUAGAGUUGUACAGGGUAGUCUAAAAGACAGAACCAUGUCCUGUUGCCACUGAAGAGGUGAAAAUGUGUCCUAACCUCACUAGUGUUGUUAGUCUCACUAAAGGUAGCCAAGUGUUUUAAGUUAGCAGCUUACCUUAGCCUAGUAGCUGUGUGGCCAACGCUGGUGUCCACUCAGGCCUUAUAAGUCAAUUGGUGCAUUUUGUAAGACCAAGGCCCUCACUGGCAAUCGAAUGACUUGGUGGAGAGCAGCGCCACUAAAUGGACUGCAGGCCAAUCUUGCUAACAUGCAUUCAAACAUAGUUACAUAGAGGUCAAGAAGUUGGUAAGCAUGUUCCACUGUCCUCCUAUGGUGGCAUUGCUAAAAAGUAGUUUCUCACAAACCAAGCAGUUGUCAAAGUUAUGUGCGGCACCUAGAGGGGUAAUUGCCAACGAAGUGGUGCUACUCAGGGUUGUAGGGAACUGCAGCUGACACCUGGACCCGGUUUCAUAAAGUAAUCUAAUCUUUCUGUCAUGAUUUUCAGGAGAGCUGGGCACAGCAGGAGGUAGGAGGCACAAUGCAGACUCACAAGCAGGUGGUAGGAUAUAAAAGGCUUUAUUGAAAAUUUAGGCAGUGGGUCUGGUACACAAAAAGGCAGUCGGCGAGGCAAAGGUACAGGCAGGUGUAAAGCAAGGACGUCGUCAAAAAAUACAGGCUGAGGUCAGAGCACGGCAAACAGAGUUACAAGGGCUGAGACAAAGGUGAGGUCAUGAAAAACAGGCACGGUAGGCAACAAAGACCUAUGGCUAGGAACUAAGGUACGUGAGCGGGAACGGAGACAGAACAUCAACGAACAAGUGCAGAACACACAACUCAAAGGGUUUAAAUACACAGAAGAUAAUUAGCAGUGAUGUGAAACAGGUGUGAGCUGGCAGGAGGAGGGCGUGAACAAACAAAGAUGAGAGGCACUGAGGCAAGAAAGUGCAGUGACAAGUGGGUGAGGAGAUGACAGACAAAACGGGUGUGGCCAACAGAGAUGAGGAAGUGCAGGUGCAGGACAAGAGAGUGCAGUGAUCAGAGGGAGACAAUGAUACAAAUGAAUCUAGGCAUGAAUACAUGAGAACAGAGAUGAGUGUAGACAAGGGAGUGCAGUGACAACAUGGACAUGACUAAUAAA